UUAACCUUAAUGUUUAUUAUAGCUGGAAUAUUUUUUACACUUUGUCAACAACAUGUAAACAAUAAAGUUCUGAAUAGUAUACACUAGCUAACUAAGAAGUAUGAACAAGAAGUCUAUAUAAAAUAUAAAUAAAUACUGGUACACUAAUAUUCAAUGAUUCUAAACGAACUUUUUUUUUAUUAAAGGCAAGAAGCAACGACUGGAAACGGUGCAGGAUGCGCAGCCAGGCUGUUCUCCGUGGGAGGACCAACAAAAGUUCACCAUUAGCAGCACUAGCAGCAGCUCCGAUUCCAGUGGUGAAGAGUGUAAAGCAGACACCGGAAUUAUGUCUAUGGCCAGCAUAAAUCACUUGAAGAUGGCAGCAGUGUGUCGAGUGUGCAAAAAGGGAUCCAUCCAACUGAAGGAACGUGGCCAACAGCAUGAAUUUGGAACACGUUUGGCAAUGUUGUGCAGCAAUAGGAAUUGCAAGAAAACAUAUAAAAUAAAUGCCUCAUCUUUUCAUAGCAGCCGUAAGACAGGCAAACAAUAUGACAUCAACAAGAAGGCCAUCUUUGCGAUGAGGUGUAUUGGACGCGGCAGACGAGGACUGCUAAAGUUUGCCAGCAUCUGUGAUAUGCCAAAACCUCUGAGCCCGGGACCCUAUAGUAAGUUAAGUAAAGAAAUGGCAUAUCGACUAGACGAUGACCUUCUUGAGGAGGUUCUUUUCAAAUCUGCAAUAGAAGUCAAACAAAUGAAAGUUUCAGCCGGUGGUGCUUGCAGCUCAGAGCAAGCCAAAAUUGUUCUACACAAUGAAACGGCGAUGCAAGAGCUGGUUGUCGACAUUGCAGUUUCAGUCGAUGGCUCAUGGCUGAGGAGAGGGUUUUCCUCGUGGCACGGGUUUGCGUGCAUGAUAUCUGUGGACACUGGGAAGGUGCUCGAUAGAGUAUAUAUGUGCUCCCACUGCAGUGAUUGCCAGCGUUGGAAAGGCAAAGAUGGGACAGCCCAGUAUCUGGAUUGGGCUGUACGCCAUGAGCCAAACUGUAACCUGAAUCAGGAUGGAGGCACAGGGUGCCAAAAUCCUGUGGGAGAGAAGCGUCGAGAAAUAUGGACUCCGCUAUACGACAUUUGUCGGUGAUGGUGACAGCUCUGCAUUCACAAUGAUAGAGAAGUGUAUACCUUAUCGAGCGCUGUGUACUGUCCACAAAGAAGAAUGUAUUGGGCAUAUUCAGAAGAGAAUGGGCUCCCGUCUGAGAAAACUUGUCACUGACAAUAAAGGGGAAAAAUUAUCAGACGGGAAAGGCCUAACGGGAGCUGGCAGAUUAACCCAUAAAGCAAUUGACAGCUUUCAGACAUUUUAUGGAAAAGCUCUACGCCAGAAUAAGGGGGAUGUUGCAGCAAUGAGUAUAGCCACAAAGGCUAUUCUGGAGCAUUACAGAUCAACAAUCAGUGAACCACACCAUCAGUAUUGUCCAGAUGGUCCUGACAGCUGGUGCAAAUGGAAAUCUGACCAAUCCACUGGAUCGCAAACGUACCUGCCUGUGAAAAAUCCCCUGCCAUAUGCUGUUGUACAGGUACUGCAGCCUGUAUUCAACUUCCUGUCACGCAUUGAAUUUUUAGAAGGAUGCAAAAACUGUCUAACUCAAAACCAAAAUGAAAGCUUGCACCAUGUAUUGUGGAACAUGGUUCCCAAAGACCAGUUCCACUCAACCAAUGACACCAAGCUAGGAAUUGCAAUCGCUGUGAUGGUAUUCAACUGUGGAAUGACUCGGACCUGCCGCCUGAUACACAAGUCGUACGGAUGGGACUUUUCCCCCAAUGCUUCGGCCAUGUGGAAGCGCAUCGACAGGGUACGCCUUGGACAGCGUAAACGUUCGCUGACAGACAUUGCAAAACUGAAGAGGAAGGAGAGCCGUGGAAGCCGCCUUGCUCAGCUGGAUGCCUUCAAACACAAGGAAGUUCAGCCACAUUACCAGUCGGGAGCCUUCCAUCAUGAACAAGAAACUGUGCAGAGUGUGCCUGCUAAAGUGAGAACGUGUAAGACCUGUGGUAAGGCGAUGAAAGGACACAGUAAGAAGGAAUGUGUGAGGAAGCCUUAAAUAUGCAAUACGCAUUGAAGCAGUUCUACUUCUAAAGCACAUGAAUAUGUCAUUGUUGUAGCAUUUAUUAGCAAAAUCCUCGCUGCACUCUCCCAAAAAUUCCUUCACUUUUGGGCGUACACCAACCAU